UAGAAAAACACACGUCGGAGAUGGCGGCGCAUGAGGACCAGCUGCCAUGGGAGUUAAUUGAAGAGAUACUCUCCCGUGUCUCUCCAAAAUAUCUUGUCCCCUUUAGAGUUGUUUGCAAACGAUGGAAGGCUAUCUUGGACGACAAGACGUUCAUCAACAACCACAAGGAGACGUUUCGAUUCAUCCUAGCAACGAAAUCAAAGAUUUAUUCGGUAAGCAUGGAUCCCAAGAUACUGGUGCGUGAGUUAUCGUUGGAUAUUCCUGGUUUAGAAGCUCAGAAACCUAAAAAGUUGGUUAGUUGCGACGAGUUCUUGAUAUGUAGCAUGGAUAAAGGAGCAGCAGUUUGUAACCCGUGGUUGAAACAAACUACAUGGAUUAGUGAACCUAGCUUUCGCUUCUAUGGCAUAGGUCAUCGUGAUAGUAAUAAUAGAAGUGAGGAAAGUGUUUACAAAACUAUUUGGAAUUCAACUACCGGGUGGAAAAUCCAUGACCUUGCCUCAGGUACGUGGAUAGACAUGGGGUCAGAAUCCAGUGAUAGUAAUCAGGGUAAGAAAGGACCUAAAAUGCAUUCUACAAGUGGUGUAUUUUUGAAUGGAACUUUGUUUUGGAUUGUUACUUCUGACGAGACAGCUUUCUUGUAUUGUAUACUCCUCGAUUUUCCGACUGAAGGAUUCUACCUAUAUUGUGAGCUACCAUUUGGUAUGAGCCAUGCUCUUGAUGCUCUAGUCCUUAGGUUAUUUAAUGGAGAUCGAUUUUCGGUGUUAAAGCAGUGCUAUGUAACAAAAAAGAUUGAGAUUUGGGUGACCAAGAACAAGGUUAACGUUGAGGAUGGUAGAGAUGUGGUUUGGAUGAAUUUCAUGACUUUUUCAAUUCCUAACUUUCCCGGUUUAGUGCCGUUCGCCUACCCUCAGCAGCCAAGUUACUUCAUCCACAAGAAUGAAAGGCUUGUCGUGUGUUUUUGCGAUGAAUCAGGCAAGGCUUGGAUUUAUGUUAUGGCAGAAAAUAAGUUGAUCGACAAAGUCAAAAUAGAGUCCGUGGUUGAUCCUUGGCCUUUGCAUUGCACUUAUUUUCCCAACUUGGUCUCGGUUCCUCAAGGUCUAAGAGAUGAAGUAAAAUCAGAAGUUUAAUAUUAUUACGUGUAUUUUCUUCUUU